UUCACCAAACACAGCAACCCAAAAAAAAAAUUCAGAACCAUACACACUGAACAGAAGAAGAGAAAAAACCAUAGAAUUCACCCUUCUUGUCUUCUUGCCUGGUUUGGUUUGUUGCCACCAAUCCAGGUAGGUUUUGUUUUUUACAUGCAUGAACGAUUGUGAUGGUGCAUUAGAAAACCACCACCCCCUCCAUUAUUCCAUCGAUCAUAGCACAAACACAAAACAAAACCAAAUACCAAACAUCAUUUCUCAUUUCUGGCGUACAGGAAAUCAAAUCAAAUCAACACCCUUUGUCAAAAAAUUCAUAGUUAGCCACAAAGUUGUCACAUUUUUUGUUUUCUUUCUUCUUUAAUUUUUUACCCUGUACGCCUGAAAUUAUGCAUACAUAUUAUUGCUGCUGUUGUCUCUUGCUGGUUUUCUGUUUUUUGAAUGUGAUUCCUGCAUUGAGUGCUGCUAAUGGCGGCGGCGAAUCGUUGAUCCUGGGUUGUGGAUUGGAAGGUGGUGGCAAAGAUGCUGAUGGAAGACAAUGGAUUUCUGAUAACAAGUACCUCUCAGGAGGAGGAGAUUCAGUAACAUCCAAAGCCUCUUUCCAAGACCCUUCUCUUUUAUCUGAAGUCCCUUACAUGACAGCCAGAGUUUUCAAAUCAGAAGCAACUUACAAAUUCCCUGUUCUACCUGAUAAGCGUUACUGGCUCAGGCUCCAUUUUUACCCCUCUGUCUACGGCAGUUUCAACCCCACAGAUUCAUAUUUCUCCGUCGCGGCGAAUGGGGUUACUCUUUUAUCCAAUUUCAGUGCCUCAAUCACAUGUCAGGCACUCUCACAGGCCUACAUUGAUAGGGAAUAUUCCCUUGCUCCAUUGAAUUCAGACACUCUAUCUGUUACCUUCAAGCCGCGAGACGGGGGUUUUGCUUUUGUUAAUGGCAUUCAAUUGAUCCAAAUGCCUGAGUUGUUUGAUUCGGCACCGUUGGUGGGUUAUGAUGAUCAAACUGUGGAUGCAAAAAGUAUGCAUUUUCAGACAAUGUUCAGGUUAAAUGUUGGUGGGCAAUACAUAUCUCCAGGGCAAGACUCUGGCCUAAGCAGAAUGUGGUAUGAUGACACCCCUUAUCUCUAUGGUGGAGCCACUGGUGUGACCAACCAAGCUACUAAAAAUGACACAAUUGACUACAAAACCAUGCCAAAGUACAUAGCUCCUUCCAGUGUUUACUCCACAUCAAGAUCCAUGGGACCCAAUAAGGAUGUGAACAUGGGGUACAAUCUCACAUGGAUUUUCCAAGUGGAUCCUAAUUCAAUGUACCUUACCAGGUUGCAUUUCUGUGAUUACUAUUAUUCCAAGUCUAAUGAGAUUGUGUUCAAAAUCUUCAUCAACAACCAGACUGCAGAGCCUGAAGCAGAUGUGAUUGGAUGGACAGGAGGUAAAGGAGUUCCAGUUUAUAAAGACUAUGUGACAUAUGUUCCUGGUGGAACAGUUGGUGAGGAGCUUUGGAUUGCAUUGCAUCCUGUACCUGAUAGUAAGCCAGAAUUCUUUGAUGCACUCCUCAAUGGGGUUGAGAUUUUCAAACUCAAUGACACUAAUUUGUCUGGCCCCAAUCCUCAGCCUUCUGACAUGCUGGUUGAGUAUGAGGCGAAGGCGAAAACAUUCCAAACCAACAAAAAUGGUCACAAGAACAUUGUUAUUGGUGGAGCUGCAGGAGGUGCUGCAGGUUUUGCUAUAUUGGCUGCAAUAGGUGUUGCUGUUCAUCUCCAAAAGAAGAAGAGAGCUCCUGGAUCAUACACCAACACAUCUAGCUGGCUUCCUUUAUACGGAAACUCGCAAACGACCGGUACCAAAUCCUCAGGGUCAGGGAAGAGUGGCAGUGGCAACAUAUCAGCCAUGGCUCAAGGACUGUGCCGGUUUUUCUCAUUACAAGAGAUGAAGCAAGCAACCAAGAAUUUUGAUGAGUCCAAUGUGAUUGGGGUUGGAGGCUUUGGAAAGGUGUACAAGGGUGUUAUUGACAAUGGGGUUAAAGUAGCUAUCAAGAAAGCAAAUCCGCAGUCAGAUCAAGGAGUGAACGAGUUCCAGACAGAAAUUGAGAUGCUUUCUAAGCUUAGACACAAACACUUGGUGUCCUUGAUUGGUUUCUGUGAGGAAGAUGAUGAAAUGUGCUUGGUUUAUGACUACAUGGAUCGCGGAACGUUAAGGGAACAUAUUUACAAGGGAAACAAGCCAUUGGAUGAGCUAUCAUGGAAGCAAAGGUUGGAGAUUUGCAUUGGAGCAGCAAGAGGGCUUCACUACCUUCACACAGGAGCCAAGUACACCAUCAUUCAUAGAGAUGUGAAAACAACCAACAUUCUCCUUGAUGAAAACUGGGUUGCUAAGGUUUCAGAUUUCGGGUUGUCAAAAACCGGUCCAAACAUGAACCAAGGUCAUGUUAGCACUGUGGUGAAAGGAAGCUUUGGGUACUUGGAUCCUGAAUAUUUCAGAAGGCAACAAUUAACUGAAAAAUCUGAUGUUUACUCAUUUGGGGUUGUUCUGUUUGAGGUUCUAUGUGCAAGGCCUGCUCUGAAUCCAAGCCUUCCAAAGGACCAAGUUAGUCUUGCGGAAUGGGCUUUGAUCAACAAAAGAAGAGGAACACUUGAGGACAUCAUUGACCCCAACCUCAAGGGAAAAAUCAACCCUGAAAGCUUGAAGAAAUUUGCAGAUGCAGCUGAAAAGUGUUUGUCUGAUCAUGGACUAGAUCGUCCUACCAUGAAUGAUCUUUUGUGGAACCUUGAAUUUGCUCUCAACCUGCAAGUGAACCCUGAUGGUUCAGCUCACUCUCCAAGGAUUGAAGGUGAGUUUGAAGAGGUGAGCUUGAAAGAAAAUGACAUGGCUGCACAUUAUAAGAACCUGAGCCUUGGAAGUGAUCAUGAGCUUAGCCAGGACUCUGGAUCCGGUGAGAAUUCCGCGGUCAUCUUCUCACAAAUUGCCAAUCCAAAAGGGCGAUGAAGAUAAAAAUAUGAAUGCUUAAGGAAGCUAGGGAAUUUAAGACAACAAAACCAGCGUUUUGCAUUGCUUUUGGAGUGUGCACUGCUUUGAUUGCUGCUUCCAUUUAUUGGUUUCUUUUUUUCUUUGUCUUGUUUUCAUGCUAAAUAGCUUAUGAUAUCUAACUGUUUGUAGCAAAAUGUUCAGAGAAGGUGGCUAAAUGAAGUUCACUUAGCCUGUUAUGUAUAAUAUAGUUAAAUAUAUAUGUAAUAUGAAUUAUAGUUUAUCAGAUUUGUUUCUGCAAAAUGACAGAACUGGCUGCAUUUUGAUCAUGUAACCAUGACUCUAUAUUGAAAAAACUUGGGUUCUUUGCUAA